CUGAAAUGGCAUUGUGACAGAAUCGUGAAGACAUGUCGGUCGACAUGAUCAAUCUCCAUCUGCUCUAUUUUCUUUAUAUCAUCUUCCGAUCCCUGCUCAACAUCCUGCAUCACCACGUCUCUGAUCCUGAUCCUCAUACCAUGGCGCAGAGUCAGACUACCGAGCCAACCAACACCACCACCAACAUAAAACCAGACCAAACCCUCAAAUGGCUCCCCGACUCAACCCACACCAUCCGUCUGCAUGCCAACACUGCCUACGUGAUCAUCGGCAACCCCGAGGGAAUCGCCCGCUUGCUCUGUCCCUCCCUGCUGGCCUGGGGCGCCGACGCCGGAGCCCUGAUCUUCCUGAUCAAAGACCGAAACCCCAGCCCCGCAGGCAGUGCCGUUCUCAACAGCCUGCGCGACGCAGGCGCAAAGCUGCAGGUCUACACGGACUGUCUGUCCAGCGCGGCAAGACUGUCAACCGUGCUGUCCCUGUGGAGCACCGAUGGCUGGCGCGUCGGGGGGAUCAUCCACGACAGAACCAUGCAGACUACCACCACCACAGACUCCCUCCUCACUUCCAUCACCGAAGCAACCAUCCUCCACGAAGUCACCGCCCCAAUGUCCCUCGACUUCCUGGCCGCAUUCUCUGCCGCCAGCGCGCAUUCCAGUGCGGUGGAUGUCAUCGCUCAGCAUCGCGCGUCUUACGGCCUUCCUUUCGUGGCGGUGGAUAUUCACUCUGGUGGAGAGAAUUCCGCAGGUGGUGGUAUCAACUACCCUGACCAGGAGGUUCUCGUCUCGUUGCUCAAAAGCGCGGUUUUGCAUCCUGUUCGCACUGAGGAUAGCUGCCAGGUGACGGUUCAGGCUUGCGGAGAGAAGGGUCAGCUGCAACUGCGGCUGCAGCAAGAGGAGGAGAGGGCGAAGGAGGAAAAGGAAGAAGAAGAAGAAGAAGAAGAAGAUCCGUCAAUCCCAGCCCGACGAAUCUCCUCAUCAACAAUCAGUUCCGUCGACUCGCGAUCCUCCAUCAGCGGCAGCUCAGGAUCCGUCUCCUCCGUCUCGACGCCUCCAUCGCCUGCUUCUCCAAAGCAGGUCCCUAUCGACCCUGAUACUGACACUGACACUAACACUGAUACUAAACCUAACAUCACCGUCAAACCCACCGAGCUUCCGUCAGUCACAGCCCCAGACACAACCCCCCCCGAAUUAAACCCAAAUCCCACUCCAACUGUAGAGGAAAACACCCUCCCCUCCACCCUGCAAAAAGCCACGACCCUAGCCGCCGCAACAGAGAGCAUGUCGGCCGAAAUGCAGGCCAAGAUGGCGAGGUUGCUGGGGACAGAUGAAGAGGACAUCGAGACGGAUGUGCCGCUGAGUGCGAUCGGGGUGGAUUCGCUGAUCGCAGCCACGUUUUGUAAUUGGUUGGAGACGGAGGCGAAGGCCACUGUGGGGACGUUUGAGCUGUUGGAGGCGAAGUCGUUGAGGGGGUUGGCGGGGGAUGUGGUGAGGAGGUCGAGUAAUGCUGUAGUCGAGAGGGAAAUUGACUCACCAUUCUUGCAUAUCCACAGCAUCACCCCUCACCCCUAUCACAGUCUCUAUAGCCACAUAUCCCCCCAGACCAAACCAAACCAACCAUGCCCCCCACAACCCCCUCCCAUCAACAUCGGCAUCAAAGCCCUGGAGAUCUACUUCCCCCCCACCAGCAUCCCCCAAACCACGCUGGAAACGCACCUCCACGCGCCCACGGGCAAACACACCCUCGGCCACGGGCAAACAUCCAUGGCCAUCCCCAGCGACCACGACGACACCGCGUCGCUCGCAUUAACCACACUCUCCACCCUCCUCACCAACCACCACAUCCCGCCCACCAGCAUCGGCCGCCUGGAAGUCGCAACCGAAAGCCCCCCGGACCGCUCCAAGUCCAUAAAAACCCUCCUCAUGCCCCUCCUCGCUCCCAACACCAAUGUCGAAGGCGCCGACACCACCAACGCGUGCUACGGCGGCACGUCCGCCCUCUUCAACAGCGUCGCGUGGAUCGAGUCCAGCGCGUGGGAUGGGCGCGAUGCCGUCGUCGUGGCGGGGGAUAUCGCG